UCAUCAAAUUGGAGUUGAAAGCCCACUUUAUCCACUUAGAGUAAGUUUGAGCCUGCGUUCCCACAACCCUCAGGAAGUAGCCGUUUCCCUGGAAGCUCCGCAUCAGGAAUUUAUUCGUCAUCGCCCAGACUAAGGCUGAGACAAGUCGAGCAAGCAGCGCCCUCAGUUGCGUGUUCAGGAGGCACCGCCAGGCUGCUCCUCGGCGCUUUUACACUAUUUGGAACAACAACGAGCAGGAUCAUGCUCAGAGGUCUCCUGCUCGCCGUUUUGCUUUCCACUCGCUUAACACAUGGCGACGGAACAGACGAGGACUAUUUUCCAUGCGAACCUCGUGAUGUGAAGGUUGCCACCAUGGGUCAGCGGACUCUCUCCUUGACUUGGGCUGAUGACCCAUCAUGCAUCAGGUUUCCUGAGUUCAAGUCCGUGUUGGUCGUGUUUGUAGGGGACCUGGAGGCUCACUCGGAUGAAGUCGUCAUUACACCUAAACAGAAUGGGUCGACUCAUCACUGGAACUGGACCUCCUACUUGCCUCUGGAGUGUGUUUCCCAUUCAGUCCAGCUCGCUUAUCAAUAUCAGAACCUAACCAGCCGACAGAAGCAAGCACAGACUGACCCGGGGUUGACUUCCCCUCAUAGGUUUGAGGUCUUACCACAGGACCAAAUAUUUCUGGUUGGCUCCAGGGCCAACUUCUGUUGUGUUACGCCUGAGGCAGAGACUUUUUUCGGAAUGUAUGUGAGUGGGAACAACAAUGAGAUGAGUAUGAACACAACACAGAUCAACAGCCGGACCUUCAUGCUGAGCAUUGAUCUGAACAAACCGUCCAUCGAGAGUGGCGAUAAUGUCAUAUGCAAUUCCAGCAGCAAGAUAUAUGGCGCUUGUGCCUAUGUUGGAUAUCCACCUCAAAUUGAACGUCUUGUGUGUGAGACUCGGGAUUUAGCGUCUGUUGUCUGUCACUGGACCAAGCAAAGGAGCACGCAACUGGAAGCCCAUGAUCCAACAAUGUAUUGGCUACAAGGAAAGAAAUGUUCUGCAAAGUCCGAAAACAAAUGCUCUGAGAAAGUCAAUGAGAAUGUUGGAAGGAAGAUCUGGACUUUAAAGGCUAAGAAUCGCCUGGGCAGCGUGGUGCUGACCGACGAUGCCGACCUGCGUGAACGAGUCCACAUGUCACCGGUGGAAGUGAGGGCUUCUGAUGUGAACGCCAGAAAUGUCAGAGUCAUGUGGGCUUGGAAAUAUCACAUUUACAACAAGCUCAACGUAACCUGCCAGCUCAGAGACAACAAACAUCACACAACUACCAUAUCUGGAGUGGGCCGUAAUUACAUUAUGUUAAACAACCUGACACCAAAUACCAAUUACACUGUGCAAGUAAGAUGUGGUACAGCACAGCAUUUUUGGAAGUGGAGUGAGUGGAGCUCAGUUGUUAAGUUCACCACAAAAGGUGAUGUACCUGAUGCACUCAAUGUUUGGAUGCAGCAGAAAGAUAACAAAUCCAUCAUCUUUUGGAAAGACAACCAGAGUAAUGGUGAAGUCCUAGACUACGAAGUGACGUGGAUGCUGAUCAACUCAUCGUACACAUCACAGCCGUUUUCUACCCGCGAACACAGUGCUGUGCUAGAACUGGACCCCAAAGCGGAGUUUCUCUUUAGUGUCACAGCAAGGAACAAGAAUGGAAGCUCUGUCCCAUCAACUGUGAGAACCCCAGUCGGCACUCCAGUGGAGGUAACUUCGAGACUUCCUGCGGGCAAUGGUGGCUUUAAUCUUUCAUGGACUGCCAGCCCUCUGUCCAGCUGUGGCUACAUAAUCGACUGGUUUCCUCCGUCUUCUGAGAAUCCAACAGUAGACUGGUUAAAAGUGCCUCCCUAUGUGACGACUGCUGAGAUCAACUCCAGUAUGGAUCAAAACAUAGACAAGCUCAUUGAGGGAGUCAGAUACCUGAUUUCCAUUUAUGCCUGCACACCUGGGGCUCCAAAGUGGCUGGAGACCAGAGAGGGUUACGUCAAGGAGAAAAAAAUCAAGGACAAGCUCUUCAACCUGACGUGGAAACAAGUGGAUGACGAAGUCACAGUGUCCUGGGACCCUAUCGAUUUAGGAACACAGAGCGCCUUCAUCAGAGGAUACACGCUAUACUGCACCAAUAACAAGAACAUCAUCAGAAAUAUCAGCACAGAUGAUCCUGCAGCCACACGUUUGACUGUGAGACAGCUGCCGAGUGCUUCUUACACCUUCACAGUCAAGGCACUGACAGCAGUCGGCGAAUGUGGGGCCUCAUCCAUCUCCGUGGCCCUGACUUCACCUAUUGAUGGACUGAUGCUGUCGGUGAUUAUCAUUAUCAUUAUCUCUAUGCUCCUGAUCUUCGUCUCCAUCCUGUGCUGCAGAAACUGGGAAAGCAUCAUGGAGAAGGUCUGCCCUCCUAUUCCCAAACCAGCAUUGAAAGGCGGGUUCACAUGGCUGGUUGAUGGGAGUCCUCAUGCUGCCUUCAAUGACCACAACCGCCAGAGCGAAGAGCAGUUGUUCAAGGUUUCACUGCUUCAUUUGAAACAGGAACCUGGGAUUGUGUCCAUGCAAACACAACAUUUGAAAGGGUUACCCCAUUCAACCUUGCCUCCAGCGAAUAAUGUUUAUCUGAGCGUUAUUCCUUCAACUAUGGUUGACUUACAGAAUUUUUCCUACAAUCACAUUGUUGAAGCAGAGGACCAGCAGGUCAUCGCAGCGGCUCGCGGUCAGGACAAAAGUAUUUGUGGCUUUAAUCUUCAGCAGGCUUUAUACAAGGCGAAAGCAGAUCCAAAUCAUCUCGUGUGCUGUGACUCUGCCUACAUCUCAGCACCCAUGUGACCACUGUAGGUUCUGUGCCAUGAUUGGAUGUAGAGAAAAGUGCAUGGUUUAAUCACACAAGUCACUCGCUGCAGGCAGUCGGAAUCUCUGAGCUCAUCUGACUUAGCAAGUGAAAUGUUUUGGUUCUUUUCUGGAAACUAUUCCACAGACACUUUUGUCACCAGGGCUAUUCCACAUUUGGAAGCUCCAGCUGCAUGUCAGGGGCUAGUAGUGGCCAUGCUGUAAUUCACUUUCCUCAGUGAAUCUGUCUACGGCUAAGUCUCCCUGUUCACAACCUCUUCUGUUCGCUGAAUCGUCUGCUUUCAUUCAAAACAUUCAGCGACAGCAGAGCUGUCAGAAAAUUAAUCAAGCAGAACAGGGAGCAUCUGAGAGCAUCAGGUGCUCUCAGAACUGUACUAAAUCCAUUGAUGGCUUUUGAGGCCUCAUUUUAUAUUUCCAGUAAAUGACCGUAUCUAAUGGGGACAUCAGACUUCAUUGCUCAGUUGAGGAGCAUCCGAGGGAAUGUGCUGCUGAUAGAGUACAACCCCUAGCAGAGCGCACUUUUCAAACCAAAUAAAUGACUAACUUAUUUAUAAAUGUGAAUUAAAUGUGAAUUUUACUAGGUCAAUUAUAUUAAUUUUGUUGGCCAAGGAACACUAUAACACGCCUAACAAUGCACCACCUACGCUGCAAACACAGUGUUUUGGUUGAGAAUGUUAGACAUGGAUGUGAUAAAGGAGGAUAUGAAGUGGAUAAGGGUGACAAGGGAGGAUGAAGUUUUUGAAAUUUUUAUUUUUUUUUUUCCACCAUUCAGCACAAUCUCGUUUAUUCUCCUUCAUUGAAUUUAGUUAAAAUGUGGAAACAGGUUCCCUGUGAAAGAAAAGGUUUCCAACAAUUCAACAAGACCAUGUUAAAGUCCCAGGCUUACUUUUUAUGGCAAGCACAAACGUUCCUUCGCUUCUUCCUGAACCCUCUGUUUCCAGUCAUGUGUCCCGAUAAUGUGCAUUAAUGUUACUGUAGUGUUUCUAAUCAAACGCUGGGGGGAAGUGUUGAGCUGUUUCUGUUCACUCUGGCAGCACUCGAAGGUCGCUCGUGUCAAGUUUAUGUUGCUUGUAUUUUAAACAGAAAUCACGGAUAUGACGUUGUAAGUGUUUGCAUCUGUAAUACAGUCUGUUUCGUUAAUGUCAACUCUCGUCUCGUUGCGUGUUUCUUCGUACUGUACUGUUUUGUUAAUGUCUUUAAAUUCAGAAAAAUACGUACAAAUACCUUUUUCCUUCCACCAUAAUCCAAUAUGGUGCCCACCACAUGGUGCUCACACACGCUUAAUGACAUGGUGAAUAAGCAUCCAAAUAAAAACGAGGUGUUAAGGAU